GGCCACAUCUUUCAGUAGGCUGCAAGCAGCCGGCGUGGCCGCACGAUGCCAGUCCCGCGAUGACAACACCACGCGAACACCGUCCCAACGACACUGUUGAGUUAUUACCUUUGAAAUCUGCUCUAGUCAACAACAAUUAUAAAGAUGACGACUCGUAUUACCCCCCCGCCCUCAACAACAACCCGUCGAGUUCCAAUCUCUACGAUUACACACUACUGUCGAAGAGGACGCCGGCCUCUAAAAGAUUACUAUCGCGCACCCAACAGCCUGCGCCUACGCCGAUGUUGACGUUAUGCGGCGCGCCGCCCCCCUCCAGGAAGAGAGAGGAGCUGACCGCGCUAGCUAACCUCAGGAAAAAGGUGUCACCUGCCUUGCUACAACCUGACCGAAACGCCAAUAAAAAUGACAACGAACAAAGUAAGAAUAGUAAUGAAGAGACUCUCGACAAUCGGCCCAAGCUUUUACAAAGGGUGCUGCAAUCCAAGCCAGUGAGUAUGGUGGUGCAGUGGAGCGAGGUGCGCACUGCCUGGCAGGACAGCGACUUCAUCACCGAGUGCCUGUGCUGGCACAACGUCUACCGCCAGCGACACGGCGCUCCGCAGCUCUACAUGGCUCCAGAGCUCUGCGACUACGCACAGGCGUGGGCCAAUCACCUGGCGCACACCAACAAGUUCCACUACAGGAACGACCGCGAUGUCGGCCAGAACCUGUACCAGCGCCCCGUCAGCGCGCUGCAGCCAGAUGUCACAGGUCAAGAAGUGUCUUCCUACUGGUACGCCGCGGUGCGCCAGUACAGCUAUUUCAAAGAGCCCGAUGUUCUCCACGCUAAUGUUAACGCAGGUCACUUCACGCAAAUGGUUUGGGUAGCCACAACAUUCUUUGGCGUCGGGAAAGCACGUUCCCGAGACGGUAAAGUGAUAGUAGUGGCCAACUACUCGCCACCGGGCAACUUGUCUGGACAGUUCGAGGCCAACGUCCUCCCCCCACUGCCCGAGAACUUCCCAGACAUACCAACCCCUCCACAACACUGACGAAGGCUCUCCAUACGUGGCAGAAGGCUUAAGAUCGACGCCACGUUCCUACACUGAGGAAAGGCAGACAUUUUUGUGUGAAUUGGUUGUGUUGUCUUAGAACGAAAUCCUAUAUAAGACAUAAUGAGAGAGAACUUUAAAAAUUCAUUGUUAAAACGGUUUUUGUAACCGAAUUUUGUUGUUGUUAUGGAAUCUUUUAAAUAAUGAGGUUCGUCGUCCGAAUGUGACUGAACCUCAAGUACCUAACGAGACAAACGUCGUGUGCAUUUAAAACUCGAGUAAGAUCAUUCCAAGAUUCCACUGAACAAGUAUGAUGACCAUAACUUGUAAUCAUACCACUAGAUAUUCAAUAAUCAUCGACACCGAAGCACCAAAUAAUCCGUCUUCGAAUCACGCCGCCGUCCGCUUAGCAAACAAAUAAAUUAUUCUAAUUAAACACAUUAAGGUGUCAAAGAAAUAUUCAUGUAGGAAUACAAUAUUGUACGUAGCACGUGCCUACAGCAUAAUAAUUUAAUUUUCAGAAGAACUUUAGUAGGUAUUACACACCAACGAUCAAUUAUGUAGCUUAUAAUCUGUAUAUUCUCAUUCAUUUAUAAUUUUUUUUGAACAGCGCCAUCUUUCUUACGUCUAAGGCAAAUAAAUCAUUGAUUUAAAUACAGCUAUUUCUUCACGCCAAGCCUUUUUAUCUACUCGCAUGGAUAAAUAAUAUAACCUACUCUACUCUCAUUAUGAUCACUCGCUUAAAUUUCAAAUGAUCGCAUCGUCAUCGAUACCUGUUUAUCAUGGGUACUCAAAAUAAAAGGAGUUUCAUAAAGGACUCGUGUGAUCAGAAAAUUUCUUCACACCAAGACAAGGAGACCGUUGCGACCACGUGGCGAUGCGUCAGCAAAAAAAUGUCAUUGGUGUGACUACAUUCUCUACCUAUAACUAACUAUAAGAAACUAUUUAUCUUCCAAGCUUGUCUUUAAACUAUAGAAAAAUGGUUGUUUUGCCCGAGCUUGAAUUUUAUAAAGUUUAUUAGAACUUAGAAGCAAUAACAGUAAUACGCACAUGCCUACUUAUUAGUAGAUGUAUCUAGGUAAGUUUACGCGCAAAAUACCACAAGUUUAGUUAGGUUAGGUGACCGUUAGCUACAUGACGACGUAAAUUUUUAAAAUAGCUAGGAACAAACAACUUUGAAACUUUAGGUUAAUUACAAAAUUAGUUUCGUCAUAGCAAAUAUAUUAUUUAGUUAAUAUUUAUAAUUGAUUUGUUACCGUAGAUCUAGACUAACGGCCUUUAGAAUGAGACCCCAUUGUUGUACUGAAGAACGUGAAACGUGGCUCUAAUUUUAUGAUAAAAUAAGCUUUCAAUGUCAUACCAACGGAUAAACACCUAAUGUGAAAAAAAAUAACACGUGCCGGCUAUGUGUCGGCACGUGUUAUUUUUUAAAUGAAAAUUUUAAUUGAAAUCUCAAAACACAUUUUUCAGAAUUUAGAGUGAAUACUGUACUUAUAAUUUUAUAAAUCCUGUGUUAUUUUAUGUAAUUAACCAUUGAUGCAAAUUAAAAAACUUUUACCUACUAGUGGCGCCCCCAAAAUCAAUGUUAACAUUUGAUACUUUGCAGUGUAGAUGGCGCCACGUUAUUUUUAACUUACAAAAAUAUUAUGUUCCUUUCUACUUAAAAAUAUCUUCCAAACGUUUGUGAUAAAAUCUAUAUUCCACAUGUUAAAGUUUCGUAUUAAGAUGCAUAAAAUUACUUCUACGGAGGUGCAUCUGUCUAUACAAUUAUUUUUAAAUAUGUUUAAAAUGUGAAGCAAAUCUAGAUAGCCUAAAAAUUUUAAAAGUUGAGCUUCCAAUCCAAACCAGGUGCAUGUAUAUGUACUGUACUGCUUCUGAGACACUGUUGAUUUUUUUUUUUCAGAACAUUUUUAAUUAUUAAUAUUUUUAUUCGUGUUUGGACUGAAAAUCUUAGUCAAUCGAGUUAACAUGUCAAUUAUUACAAGUCGACAUGCAUUUCUUUUACCAUUUACUUCAAAUGUAAAACUAUAUUUAUAAAACUCUGAGUCGCAGGGUUGUGUGAAAUUAUUAUUGUUAAUUGUAUGAACCUAAUUAUAAGCACUCGAGAGAAAAUAUUUUGUAUUUAGAUUUAGUGAGCCUAAAAGGUUAAUUGUUUAUUCAAGUUAUUAUUUAAGUAUAGAAAAAAUAUAAUUAAUAUUAAUUUCCAUAAAUAAUUCAACUGCUGCAGUUGUCAUAUAAAAAAAAUGUUGCCAUUGUGCAAAAUUGUUAAAAAAUACAUUCAUGAUUUGAAUUUAGAACUUCCUGUAAUGCUGUACUUUCUAUUUACCUUCUCUAGUCUGUAGAAACCAUUUCGAACUUUUACCAAUACCUUAAUUCCCUACCAAUAACUAGUUUGAGCUUGAUUUUAGACUUUGAACUUUACUGCACAUGCUUAUAGGGCACAACUUUACACUAGGCCUAUGCUAGUUAUGUUUGUUGAUGUAAAUUAGAAAAUCUAACUGGGCUUCUAUGUCUUAUAAUCUUGACUUUUCGAAAUAGGGAGGCUGUUUUUUAGUAUUUACAUCUAGUAGAUUUUAAAGUAGUAUUUACCUACUUAGAUUAGGUAAUAUUCUAAAGUUUGUUUAAAUUAUAGACAAUUUAGUUACUCUGUUGUAAUAAUUUAAUUGCUAUUUUUGUGUUAAGUUGGAAGCACCAACACUAUUGUGCCAAAUUAGUGCAAAAAGCCAUGGAAUAGAAAAAACUAGUUUCUGUAUUCUGUGCAAAAAGCACUUCUAUGUCAUUGACCUUCUAUUUUUAAACAAUAAAUUCUAAAUCUUAUUGGACCUACUGCAUUGAGACUCAGGACUAAAAGAUGUUUGAAUUUCAAUUUUAACUAAUUCUAAUAAAGUUGUAUUUAACAUUGGCAUAUGAAACAAAAAAAUAUUUAUGUUAAAGUGAGUAUACAUGUUUGAAAUGAUUAUGUUAUAGUUAUAAGAUGAUUUAAUAAAAAUGUUAAAUAUUUGAAUUAAUUUGAGUAGAAACUCAAUGUUUAUUGAUAAAAGGCUGUGAAUUGUUAACUGUUGUAUAGAACAGAUUUGCUUGGCAAUAUUUUUAGUUAAUAAAGUGUUCAAAAUUG